UUCAAAUUUCGCGCCAAUUCCCGUCAGUGUAUGGCAGCUACCUACCGGCACACUGUACAUAGACUGAAGUGCGGUGUACAGAGAGUGACUAGGGAGUGACUCGCGAUUUGCAAACCGUCUGCUUGCAAAGCAAUGCAAUUUGCAAAACGAGCACCUCAGUGAUGCACCUGCAAUUUACUAAAUACCGGUAGGUAAGUACACGUAGGUAUUAUGUGAGUCACACUUGAUUUGCAAUGCGCAGAUUAAAGAUGCGUUGCUCCACCGUCCGCUCCACAUCAUUCAAUUGCAUUGAUAUUCCGAUCUACAAAAGUAUACGGUCGUGGGAACUCUUUCAGAUUGCACAUCGAGCUGACGUGGUGCUGCAGAGCUGCAGAACAGCUGUGCAAGUCUAUCCAUUGAAGCACAAUGGAUAACGCUGAGGUGCUGCAGCGGCGUUUGGGAAUGACAGAAAACCUGCAGAGGAUCAGCAGCAAGACAAAGGAGCUCGUCCGGCUGUGCAAUCUGCGCUUUGAAGCUGGUUUGGGUGCGGGGGAGAUAUGCAAGUACAUGGUGUGCCUCGAGCUUGCUUGUGUUAGCUUGCAGGAGAGCUUCGACCGGGCCAAGGGCGUACGACACAGUGGUGCCAACGAGAAGGUCUAUGCGCAGACUUACUUGAAGGUCCAGAAUGUCCUGGGUAUCCGGCCUAAUAUUGAUGCCCGCGCGCUAUGCGUGCGCUUUGGGUGUUUCAGAAUGGUGGAUGCAGUACAGCGCGCCUUGACAGACUACCGCACUCGGUUCAUUGCGGGGCUACCGGAAGUCAAGAAGAAAAACGCGGACUUCAGCAGGCCGGUGUUCCUGGGGGCAGCGUUCUACCUGGCAGCCAAAAAGCGCAAGGUGAAAGUCGACAAAGGGAAGAUCAUCCAGGCGUGCGGGUCCUCUGAUGCCGAAUUUGCAAACGUCACAACUUCGAUGUACGACCUCUGUUUUGACACGCUGGGCGUCGAGAAACGGAAACGGGCUGCGCAGGAGAUCAAGGCGAAUCGAGAGCUUUUGGACGCUCUUCCUGAGAAGCGAGCUCGUACGACGUCCGAAAGCGACGAAGAAGAGACCAGUGCUGGAGACGAUAUCGCUGCGUUGCCGGGCACUUCGAAGGCGAAGGCCGCUCAGGAGAAGCAGCAAGAGUACGAGGAAUGGAGGCGGCGGGCUCUCGCUCCACUGUCGAAGCUGGCAAAUGAAGCUCAACCCCGCAAUACAAGACCCAGUUCACAACCCGGCUUGAAGCAAGCAAAGCUGUCAUUCUCGAAGCCAGCUCGUACUAAAAAGGCCGCUCAAGGCGUGCGCCACACCGGUACCAAUCUCUCUCGUCUUUCGACAGCGGGUGAAGGCACAUAUCAGGCAGCCAAGAUGGGGUUGAUCACCGAGGACAAGACCAAGAUUGCCAAGGCGAUUGGCGCUAUCCAGGUGCACAAGGUGGUGGGGCCAGGAGACGAGCAAAUGGUUGCAUACCAGAGUUUCUGGGAUGGCCAGCCGGCUUUCAUCCACCUGAUGCGGCGCUUCGGCUGCCGCCUCUGCCGGGGGGGAGCGAUGGAGCUCAACCGAGCGCUUCCCCACUUGAAAGCCAAAGGCGUUCGGUGCAUUGCGGUUGGGCUGGAGCGCCUGGGAGUGGACGAGUUCGUGGAGGGCAAGUUUUGGGACGGGGAACUGUACAUAGACGAUGGGAAGAAGGCGUACAAGGCACUGCAACUGCAAUCGACGGGCCUGCUCAAGGGGAUCAUGGCGCUCGGGUUCAACAAGUCGGUCAAGGACGGGUUGAGGAAGACCACCGAAGUGCCGGGCGACCUGAAAGGAGACGGAAUGCAACUGGGGGCCACGUUCGCGUUCGCUCAAGGGGGCGACCUCCUCUUCGAGUUCCGCCAGAAGAACUUCGCCGAGCAUCCCACGUGCGAACAGGUCCUGCGCGCCUUUGGCAUCGAUCCCAGCCUACUCAACGAAGCUGUCAAGGACUCAGUGAUGGCCUCGUGCGCCAUCCAAGAAGAGGGGGCGGAAGGGGUGUGCACUAGCAUCGCAGAAUGAUGAAUGCUUUCGGGGCCUAGGCAACGACAUGACUUGACUCAAUACAAUAGAAAGCACGCGUUUACGAUGUACAUAGUCCAGGAGGAGACUUUAGUAACGGGCCAUAGGGAGCUGGUUAGGGCUUGCAAUGAGAGAGUGUCGGUGUUGUUAUCUUAGCAUGCGGAUCGCCGAGACGUAGAAGUAUCUGCUCUCUUUUGGUCUGCUUUGGAUUGCGUCUGGUAAUCUAGGUUGCAGCUUAGCGAAUCCAAGAGCUCGAUAGCUGUCCCCAUUACUUAAGGGUGCGUUGAUUCUGAGCCAACAGUGCACUCAAUCAUGGCCUCUUUCUUCGUCUUUUAGCACUCACGGGUCGUGCUACACAUCCGUGAAAGUUUACACAGGAGCACAUGCUAGGAGUUGCAGGGUCUUUGUUCACAUGCUAGUACACCAUACAACGCCACCGUGCGUCUACUAAUUGCAUCGAAG